AGAGAGCGGAGCAGAAUGCACCGCGGUUUUCUGCUGCACAACUAAAAGCAUUUUAAACUAUUUUAUCCUCCGUUUGCCUCAUUUAAAGACCGUCAGUGUUUCUUUUCUCUUCAGCUUUUAAGUUUUUCUGGUUUUUACUUUAUUUCUUCACUUUUUACUGCAUGAUUCAACCCUGCAGAACAGCCGCAUUGCAAAGCGCCUCAACUUCUCAGCUGAAAGGGUUUAAAACCAGAAGUCAGGACAUGAUGAAGACACCAACGAAGAGAACGUGAACAGAAAACAAAAUGGACAAGAAGACCGGCUGUGAUAAAGAAAAUAUCGACCCUGGAAAUGACUCCAGUCCACCCAGGAAAAGAUGGAGGGCCUGUCCAGGUUUUCAGGUCUCCGAUGGGCUGCAGAGUCAAACCAGGCCUCCUCUGGGAACCAGGGACAGCAAUGAUGGCAGUUCCCUGCAGGUCAAACCUCGUCCACAUCCCACUGUUAGGGAGAAGAAGAGGACAGCAGGAGAGCAGCGUUUCAAACAAGACCUGCUGCCUUACCGAAGAAAAUAUAAAACAUGUUCUCCAACCAACAAACGAGAGACUGAAUUAAUGCCACUCAGGGGUGUUUCAGGUUCAGUGAGUGAGAGUGAAAACGUUCCACCAGGCUGUGAGUCUGAAACUCUGGGGAAAAAAUAUCUGGAAAACUCAGAGUGCAGAAAUGACCCAGAGAACGAGGAUUUUCUAAAACUGAAAGAGUGGGUGGAGAGUAGAUUUCCUGUUUGUACCUUUGAGAAACCCCUGCAAAUGAUAGAGGAGAACUUUGAAAUGAUUCAGCGUUCCUUUACUGAAUUCAGCAGCACAGGGACACAGCUGGUAAAUCCCCGCCAAUCUGUGUUUUACAUGGAAAUAUGGGAAACCGGUUCCAAUUUCAUUUCUCACGGCACAGGAUUUGUGCUGGGUGGCAACAUUGUUCUAACCUGUUUCCACUUAUUUAAACAUUGGGAGAAAAGAAACUUAAACAGCUUAUUGAAAAAUCUGAAUAUUAAUGUAGAGUUCAACUUUAAUAAUUUGGCUUAUAAAUCAAAGAAAACCUUUCAAGCUAAGUGGCUUCUUGGGAUCCGUGAUGUAGAUGUCGCCCUAUUGGAGCUCAUCUAUGAGAACAGAUCCCUUACACAAGCAGAGCUGGAGGAAAUACCUCCAGGUCUCCUGAAGAUAUUUGGACCGGUACCAGGUGGUGAUGAAAGGGCUUGUAUUGUUGGUUAUCCAGCAGGAGGAGGAAGGAAGACAAUAGAUUUUACAUUUAUCAUUAGAAAAGAGGACAGGGAGCAGGCUGUCACCUGUAAUUUAAUGUCCAAAAACAGUUAUCUGGCUGUCUUCUCGUUUCUUGACCAGCUCCACAGGGACCCCAACAGAGAUAAUUAUGUUACCUACAACACCUCCAUGUAUCAGGGCUCCUCUGGCUCCCCAGUGUUUGAUAUUUUUGGACGGGUGUUUGGUUUGCACAUUGGUGGAUUGUACAUUGAUAAUCCAAUUCCUAGUCACGGUGUUAUGGGAUGUGCCUUUUCUGUGCUCGAGAUAGUCAAAAAGCUUCUGGGUGAGCUCCAGAGAAACGGCGAGGAGGAUUUGUUGCAGAAAGUUUUGGUGGAAGCAGAGGGGAAUCCAUACCUUGAAGAUUACCUGGAGAAUCAGGGGAAAACAGAUGAAACAGGAAAACAAUCAGAUUCUGAGGAGGAAAUGGACACAAGUUAGGCGUUUACAUUAGAUUUCAUAAGACAAAUAGCACAUCAUGCAGCACUAGAUCAUUUUAACUCAUGAAGCACUGAUUACAUUUAAACACAAACAUCCAGGAUCAUGUUGAAUUUCAUACACCUUGUAUAAAAUUAAGAUGGUUAAUUCAGUCUGAAUAUUGUCCAUUUGCUGGUUUGUGGAUUCAUGUAUGAGAACUAAAUUAUUUAUCAUUUUUCAAAUAAAAUGUAUGAAAUGUUUUUCAUUGCUCUGAUGCUGGAUUCUUACCUCUUUGAAGAAAUGCUGUUUGAUAACAACCCGGUGAUGGAUCUG